CUUACCACAGAGACUUUGACAGGGGAGCAUCAGGGCAAGCACACAGAGAAAAAAUGAAAGUGGCCUUGCUGUGUCUGUGCUUGGCGAGCACAGCCUUCGCUGCACCGUCAUUCUUUCAUUACCUGCCUCAUUAUACGGGCUCCAGGCAAGUGCCGCCCUCUCAGGUGAAAAAUCUCUUUCCUGGUGCUCCAGCUAUACCACAGACUGGAGUCCCUGGUGCUUAUAGCGUGGAGCUGAUUUAUCCUCACACAUUUGGUGGAGCUGCAGUGGGAGGACCAACUGCUGGACAGACAUUCCCCACCCAGGGUUUCAUCAAAUAUUCAAUCCCUCAGCCCCCAGGCAGACAGAGCGUUGAAGUCUACUACCCAUAUGAUUUUGCACAGCAGAGGAUAAUUACAAACAUACCCCCGAUGUCAAAUAUUCCUCACACCCCCAAUGUAUUGCCAUUUGACUUUCCACCUCCAAGUAUCCCUCAGCUGCCUCAAAAUAUUCCUGCGUUUGAUGUAAAGCCACUUCCAUCCCAGCUCCCUCUGAACCAGGCCCAGCAGGACCAACCUGUCCAGACCAGCCAGGCGCCGGCCAAGGUUUAAAGUGAAUGGAACAACAAAGUCACACUUCUUUUGGACAAUAGCCAUGAUGAAGACUCACAGAACUGCAAAAAAAUAUACAAAAUGUAUGUUUCAAAGUAGCAGUCUUUCCUUAUCCCUUUUUAUUUUAACUUUAACACUUUGUAGUAUGUUUCUUAUCUUGGAUUAAUUUAAAUAACUCUCACAUCGCUUAAAUGGAUUGUUU